UAUCAGCUGGUCUGGGUGCUUUUACCUAAAUUGUUUGUUAGUUUAUUUGCUUAUUUAUUCUUCUCAUGUUCUUUGCAUAAGUAUUUAUACAAAAUCUUACUAAUCAGGCUGAUCAAUUAAAGUACUAUAAACUUUUAACCCCUGAUCUUGUAACUUCGCUAAAAUGGAAAAUUGCAAUAACGUGUCAAAAGUCCCUUACGAUCCCGGUUGGAAUGAUCCACCGACUUUCUCGUACAACGCUCAACAGACAACAACGCCUGGCAGGCCGCGCAAUUUCCUCAACAAAAGAGUGGCGUUCCCACUAUCGGGCACUGGGAAUACUCCCGCUGCGGGCUCGACCCCUCCCGUCAACCUGCCGCCUCUGCCUACUGCACCGCCCAUACCUAUACCUAACUCACAAAAACCUGCUUUUGAAACCACAAAUAAUGAGAACAUUGACAGUGAAAGUGUUCUAAUAGAAGUAAAGACCAUAUUGUUAGAGUUCUUAGACAGUAGCAGUGAAUUAGGGUCCAAAUCAAACGACAUUAAGAAGAGAAUUGGAGUAAUGGAAGAGAUGUGGUCGAGUGGGAAACUUAACACACAGAUACAAGUUCACAUGAAGGAUCUAGCACAUGCUCUUAAAGAUGACCAGCCAAGCAAAGCAGAUGAUAUCCACCGAGCACUGAUGGUGGACUAUGUGAGUGUUGUUGGGACCUGGAUGCCGGGAGUCAAACAACUUGUACAUCACUGCAUUGCUCGUUCAGAGCUGUUGGCCAUUGAUAAGGAAUAGAUUUGCUACAGAGAGUUGAGUUGUUUAAAGCAGUACAAUAUAAAAUGGUUCAAAAAUGUUAGCAAUAUUGCUCUUCUUUUUAUAGGACAUGAAAAAAAUUCAAACUGUUUAGUCAAUUCCAUACUCUUAUUUAAUUUCAGCUAUAUUCCAAUACAAUGUAAUGUAACAUUAACUGCAUUUUACCAGUUAUUGUAGUUGUUUAUAAUUAUUUUGUCAGCCAUGUGUACAUAAAUGUAAUUGUUUCAUAUUUUUAUACAUUUUGUGUGAAUAGUGAUAUUAAUCAUGUAAGUAAAGUUUUGUGAUAACAUUUUGGGUUGCAACCAUAUUUUUUGUUAAGCCAUGCACAAUGCUGUGAGACAUGGGCGGAUGUAAGUGUGAUAAAUGUAAAUAAAACAAAUAAGUAGUAAUAUUUA